AUGAAGUACAGCUACACCGCCGCUGCUUUGGCUGCUCUUGUCGCCACCGCCAAUGGCGCUGCUAUCGACGUGAGAGCUGAGGCCGCUCCUCAGUAUGUCUGGUCCCCAAAGGCCGCUGCCAAACGCGAUCCCGCAGAGGCCGCCCCUCAGUAUGUCUGGUCCCCAAAGGCGGCAGAAAAGCGCGCAGAGGCUGCUCCGCAAUACGUCUGGUCCCCGAAGGCCGCGGAGAAGCGUGAGGCCGAGGCCGAGGCGGCAGAGGCUGCUCCCCAGUAUGUCUGGUCACCAAAGGCUGCCGAGAAGCGCGCAGAGGCUGCUCCACAGUAUGUCUGGUCCCCCAAGGCUGCUGAGAAGCGUGCCGAAGCCGCUCCUCAGUACGUCUGGUCCCCAAAGGCCGCCGAGAAACGUGAGGCCGAGGCGGAAGCUGCAGAGGCUGCUCCUCAAUAUGUCUGGUCUCCAAAGGCUGCCGAGAAGCGCGCAGAGGCUGCCCCACAAUACGUCUGGUCUCCAAAGGCUGCCGAGAAGCGUGCAGAAGCCGCUCCUCAAUACGUCUGGUCUCCAAAGGCUGCUGAGAAGCGUGAGGCGGAAGCAGCAGAGGCCGCCCCCCAAUACGUCUGGUCUCCAAAGGCCGCCGAGAAGCGUGAAGCUGAAGCGGCGGAGGCGGCUCCUCAGUAUGUGUGGUCUCCAAAAGCUGCUGAGAAGCGUGCGGAAGCCGCUCCUCAGUAUGUGUGGUCUCCAAAGGCUGCCGAGAAGCGCGAGGCGGAGGCUGCUGAGGCAGCUCCUCAAUAUGUGUGGUCGCCAAAGGCUGCCGAGAAGCGCGAUGCAGAGGCUGCCGAGGCGGCUCCUCAAUACGUCUGGUCACCGAAAGCCGCUGAGAAGCGCGACGCCGCCGAGGCAGCUCCUCAAUAU